AUGUUCGACGACCUCUACGACGAGCUCGAGCACGGCGCGGAAGAGAUGGAGGAUGCCGACCUCGAGGACUACCACUUCGAGGGCGCAGACCCCUUUGAGGAUGAUGAUGAGGACGUCUUCGACUUCGGCGACGACCUCCCAGGCCUUCGCGGCCCUGUUGGACCCACCAGCCGUGCUGGUGACUUGGAUGGCGCGGACUCGCAGCCGUCCUCACGAGCUUCGAGAAGGUUCAGGCUCAUGGAACGCAAGUUGCAAGACGCUCGCAUUCCUCAAUACCCUUCGGAAACUCGUGCCGUCAAGCUCCUCGACGGACUUCGGUUGUCAGAGACUGCUACUGCCCAACUUCUCUUAGCUGCCGGCAAUCGGUAUGAGUUUGGCGCCUUUGAGGACCAGUUCAUCGACGGCGACUUCACCAACCUCAUCAACGAGAAUGAUACGGUUGAGAACGACAUCAACCCGGAGGACGACCCCUUCGAUUACCAGUAUGAUGAGGAAGAUGGUGAAGCCGACUGGGAGGCCCCUGAUGAUGGUGCUGAACCAGUUGGCGAAGCGCCCAAUGAGAUCGAUGAGAACCAGGUGUUCACUGCCACCUCAAAGAAGCUAGCUCCGACCAUGCAGGCUCGUGGCAAAGGCAAGUCCGGCAAGAGUUUUUCCAAGGGCAAAGGCAAGAACUCAGCUUUGCACAAGCAGAGGUUACAGUCUAGUUUGUGCCUUGGAUGCGGCGCUUCUGACCACUGGCUCAAAGAGUGUCCUCAUGUCACUACACAUCAGGCCCAUCUUUGUUCUGCACCCAUGACCCUGGACGGCAAUGGUGCCGUGCAGGAGGACCCUCCGACGGUGUGGAUGACCAGCUGGUCAACGAAUGGCCAUCGAGAUGUUGGGACCCAGACUGAGGCACCACAUCGCGGACUUCUUCAGGUGGGUUUCGCUGUUUCCCCUGUUGACUCAGGUUUCGCGGCACCGACCUCAGAGGCUAUGACUUCAAGUUUUCACUCUCUGGCGACUGGUUCAGAGAGCAUGAACGUGAUGGCAAGGGACACCUCGCCAUGUGGAUCCUUGCAGCCUCCAUCCGAUCUUGGUGACCUCAAUCCUGACGACUGGUGGGAGGAGCUUGAUGAUCGGGCCCUGUGGUCCGAGAUGGCGGAAGACUGCCGCGCUGAACUGCGCCGGCUGGAGCUGAGCGCUGUUUCUUCUGAGGCACCUCCGCAGCUUAGUUUGACCGAGAUGCAACAAUAUCGGGGAGAGGACCCAAGGACCUCAAAAGCCACUGUUUCUAGGGUUUUGGAGACGGCUCAACCUCUAGGUGAUGCAGGCAGACAAUAUCGGGGAGAGGACCCAAAGACCUCAAGAACUAGGAGUAGGAACAAGGUUGAGUCGAAACAAUAUCGGGGAGAGGACCCCAGGACCUCAAGAACGGCGGAGGAGCCGCAAGGACUCCAAGUAGGGGCGGCGGAGACGCAAGGACUCCGAGUAGGAUCAUGGACACAUCUCAUUCCCCGAGGCCAAGGUGCUUUGGGGGCCGAAUACUUAGCCCAUGAGGCUCCCCGGACCGUAGCUAGCCGUGGAUACGCUCACGACGACACUGCCGUGGUUCCCGGCCCCAUCACCCGCCGGAUGGAGCGCGAGAAGAGAGAGAAACAUCGAUCCAAAAGUGUGGAUCCUCGCAUGGAGGCGACCUGGAUGGUGACUUUUUCCAACCAGGUCGAGCACAUGUCAGACGACGGUGGUCGCCACUAUGAGACUGUGGACCCCGACGGCAACUGCGCUGGCGGUCGCGGCGAGACUGAGGACCACGGUGGCACGAUCGAGCAUGCGCUUGAAGCCGAAGCUAUCGCCAGAGGACCUUCUGAGGAGUGGACUCAACAACAGGUCAUCGCCUCCCAAGUCAUGAAGCAGAUGAGCAAGCAGAUGCAGGAGGAUAUGCAACGCGAGAUGCAGAAAGAGCUUCAAAAGGCGCUCUACCUGGCCAAGAGUUCAAUGAUGACUCCUCCUCCCAAUUUGGAGACGGCUUCAGUUUCAGCACAGAGCUGGGACCCGGUGAACCCCGUCGAAGAGGAGAAUCCGAACGCAUGGGAUCACCAGCAGAGCGACUGGCAGUACGACUGGCAGGAACAGAUCGAGCAGAACCACGAGGAUGCUGAAGCUCUGGCUCGCCAGAUCUCAGCUCGCACACAAGUUUCAGCUGUCAUGGCGCCAGUCCCUGAAGAGAGCUGGGAAGAGGAACCUGUGGCAGCAGCCGUUCGUGAUGAACCAGCAGCUCCUGCCGCAUCACCAGCUGAGACUACAACGAAUUUGGACGAGAUCACCCACGAGAUGUUGGUGGUCAAUGCACGCACCUUUUGUCGGAACUGCGGCAGCAUCGAGAAAGAGAUUCACGCCGGCAGUAUUCGAUGCCGUCAAUGCCUGAACGAGAUCUUCACCGACAAGAUUGACCAGGUCUAUGGAAACCUAGGCUGUUUCAUGCGCCGCUGGGCGCCAGCUGACGCGCGCCACUGGGAACCGGGGUGGCAAAGUGGUUAUGUCGCCAGAUCUUCACGUUGGCAAAGGAAAGGAGGCGAACCGGCUGCACCUGCAGAUGCUGCGGCCACGAGCACGGCAACGAGCGCAGAGAGCCUGUGGUACUUUGGUUUCGGCGCGAACAUCAACCCGUGGAAACUGCGUGAGCGACGGAAGAUCAUACCCAUCGACCAGGUCUGUGGAAGACUUCCAGGUUGGCGACUGACCUUCAAUCACAAGGGUGGCAUGGGUAAUAUCGAGCGCUUGGACUCACCAGCGCUGACGAAUCGUGGCCCUGAUGAAGUUCAUGGAAUGCUGCUGCAUUUAAGUGCCCGGGAUUUUGAAAAGCUGUCUGCGAUGGAGUACGAAUAUGGCACCACUGAUGUGCUGGUCUCCGCCUAUGAUGGUCGCGAGAUUGCUGCAAAGGCUUUUGUGAGUUCUCCUGAGUGGAAGCUCGCCGGAAGUCUUCCACCCCCUGAGAGGUAUUUGAAACUAAUUCGGGAUGGCUGCUCGGAGAUGGGCAUUGAUAGUGCAUAUCAAAACUGGCUGAGAUCCCUGCAAAGCCAGAAAGGUCAAAGAGGUGCAGAGUAUUGGACAGUUGCUCAACCAAGCAAAAAGCAAAGAACUCCAAGCGUAGGUCGAGACGAGAUGUCUGCAGGGCCAUUGUGCCUUGGCGCCCUGCAGGCCUUUGCAGUUCCAUGUGAUCUGGUGGACAUUGGGGCAAACCUGGGAAAAUGCUCGGAGCAAGAUCUGGCGGCGCAACUGGUGCGAGCUGCAGCUGCCAAAGUGAAUCACGUGAUCCUCACCGGCUGCAGCGUGAAGGGCUCGCGGGAUGCGCGGCGCAUUUGCGAGCAGUGGACUGGGGGGAUCGAGGGCACGAGCUUGGAUCGCUUGCCUCAGCUGAAUUUCACGGCGGGUGUUCACCCCCACGACGCGAAGAGCUGCGAUUCCAACACCAUGGCGGUGCUGAGAGAAUUGGCAGCUGCACCUGGAUGCGUAUCCAUUGGGGAGUGCGGUUUAGACUACGACCGCAUGUUUUCUCCGCGAGAGGUUCAGUUGGAGUGGUGCCGGAAACAGGUGGACUUGGCAGUGGAGCUGGGCAUGCCUUUGUUCCUCCAUGAGAGGGACAGGGAUUCCAACAAGGGCAGGCCCUUGGGAUCCUCAGUGGAUCUCCGGCGCAUUCUGUCAGAAAGCAAGGUUGACCCAAAGAAGGUCUGCAUACACUGCUUCACUGGCAAUGGAGAAGACUUGCGGCAAUAUGUGUCCGCAGGCUACUUCAUUGGACUGACCGGCUUUGCUGGUAUGAAGAAACGUGGGGCACACAUUCGUCAGUUGCUGGAGCAGGGGGCGUUGCCACUACAACAGCUGAUGAUCGAGACAGAUUGUCCAUUCAUGCUACCCGACAAGGAGUACUUACCAGAUAAACUGGGAAUUGCUGGGCGCAAGAAUGAGCCCUGCAGCAUGCCAGCCGUUUGCCGUGCCAUUGCCGAGUGUCUCAAGGCACCCCUGCAUACAUUGGGAUGUAUUUGGCUCAAUCGUGAGAAUGCCACGAGCAUGGAUUUCUCCCCAGUGCCGUUGCUGGAUGUCCUACCGCACCAUCGGGUUCUUGACAUCACAGGUUCUUCCUGCAAGGACUUGGCACUAGCUUUGCACGAAAGGCUCUUGACCAAAGAGGAUGGUGCCAGGUCCUCGAGUGGAAAGGUCUGGGCGGCCCAGCCCUGGCAGGUGCCACAAGGUCUUCUCUUCGCCAAUGCCGCUCGGCCGGAAGAUCUGGAGCCGCUCAUGGCCACGGUGCCAGAGAAGCUCCGAGGCCCAGUCGUGUUCACCGUGUCGCCACCGCAGAGCUUCCCGCAGAUCUACAUGGCUUCCAGUCGUGUUCUCCCCUGUGUGGUGCAGUUCGAUCAGGUUUUGUGCAGAGUGAGUUCCAGCCAUGACUCGGAGAAGCUUCAGGCUUGGCAUAUGCACCCCCUGCAGCUGAAGAUCUUGCGCCGGGGCCUGCGGUUUUUGGCGCCCGGUGGCCGGCUUUUGUACAUGACCAGCUCCGAGAAUGCCAUGGAGAAUGAGGUCGUCGCGGCGGCCUUGACCUCACAGCCGAAUAUCCGGCUUGUGCAAGUAGCAUGGCCUCUGCAUGCAGGCUGGUCCUCCCUGGAUGCGAUGCAGGCUUGGCCAGUCCUCAAUCCGAACAAGUUGGGUUUGGCAUUUAACUGUUGGGAAGAAGUUCCUCGGCAGAUGCGAGGGGGCAAAAUCUUGCAGACCAUGUUUCCACCGGGCCAGACACAGGCAGAAGUGACUUCGCAGUUGAGCCGCUGCUUGCGCGCCAAGCGCCUCGAUGAAGCUCUUUUCGUCGCUCUCUUUGACAAGGUCGCGGAUGAAGCGUUUGCGUCCGAUUCGGAAGGCCCGGACAGCGCAACGCUUGAUGGCUUCAAGCGUGGGUCAAACGUUGUAGUCAGAGCCACCGGUGACCCUGCGAUUGUGGUGGGUCCCGGCCAGAAAGCUUUCAAAGGUUUGAUCAAAAUCCGAUACCCAGACCGGACCACUUACCAUGUGGAGUUGGGGGACAUAGAAGAUGCAAGCCACCGGCUCAGUCAACUUCUUCGACUGAAGCUGGGAAUCUCCGGUCUUCUCCUCCUGGCCUUUCGGCGUGUCCUCCAGCGGAUCAUCCUCCAACGUCCACGACUUCUCUUGCUCAGCCUCCUCGUCUCCCUGCUGGGCUGGCGCCUUCACCUGCGCCGUAGACAGACACCGGGACCGAUGGUGACCUCCAGGGUCAGCGCUUCAGCGUCCAGGUUAGUGAAGCGCUGUGCGAAGAUCCCGGAGGCGGUGCUCAGCUUCGCCGAGUUUUAUGGCUUGGAGCUGCCCCACGACGAUCUGCCAGCUUGCUCCGGAGUGGGCCAAGUGGAGUUUCCAUACCGAAGUUUGGGCUACAGGACUGCUGACAAGCAGAACCUAUAUUUGGUAUCUCCCAGUGUUUUCGAUGUACGCGUGCCUGAGCAGUUGCGCCACAGCAUGUGCGGAGCUCCUUUUUUGCAGCGCUGCAUCAGCAGUGAGGAAGUGAAGCGCUGGGGUUGCUCACUGAGGCCAACGGCUGCUGCAGCAGAGUUCUUGAGUCAGUGCUGCUUGCGACAAAGAUUGGUGAUUGAACCCAGGCAGUUGCACAGCUUGCUGGAGAAUGGUCAGAUAAAGUUGAAUUUGCAUCACUCUGAGCUGCUGGACGGCGGAGUGAUUCUGGUACAGGAGAAUGACGAAGGGUUGCUGCGUGGUAUUCCUGGAGUUUUUCAAGCUGGUUUCGUUCACCUCAGUUGA